UCAAGAAAACAAAAUAAAUAACGUGAACCACACAACUCCUCUUCUCAAAUUCUCAGAGGAUUAAAAACAAGAUAACGCAAAAAAAAAAAAAAAUGCUCUCUUCGUUGUUCAAUCCCUCUUUCGUUAUUCCAAAUGCAACACCAAUCCAUUCAACCGCCACUAGAAACACCCGCUUCCCCUCCACCGUCGUAAUUCGCGCCGCCUCCAGCAACAGCCACCAUCAACCGCCGGAGAGUAUCAAGGAGGAAGAAGCGCGCCGCCACCGCUCCGCUGAUAAGGACAACUUCACCGCCAAGUACGUCCCCUUCAAUGCCGGCUUCGACUCCCCGGAGUCAUACUCUCUCGAUGAGAUCGUCUACCGGAGCAACUCCGGCGGGUUGCUUGAUGUCCAGCAUGAUAUGGAGGCGUUGGGAAGGUUCGACGGUGCGUACUGGCGGAACCUCUUCGACUCGCGCGUGGGGAAGACGACGUGGCCGUAUGGUUCUGGUGUCUGGAGCAAGAAGGAGUGGGUCCUCCCGGAGAUUCACCCCGACGACAUCGUCUCCGCCUUCGAGGGAAACUCCAACCUCUUCUGGGCGGAGCGAUACGGGAAACAGUAUCUCGGCAUGAACGACCUCUGGGUGAAACACUGCGGCAUCAGCCACACCGGAAGCUUCAAGGAUCUCGGCAUGACGGUUCUCGUCAGCCAAGUAAACCGCCUCCGUAGAAUGAACCGUCCCCUCGUCGGCGUCGGGUGCGCCUCCACCGGCGACACAUCCGCCGCGCUCUCCGCCUACUGCGCCGCCGCGGGAAUCCCAUCCAUUGUCUUCCUCCCGGACAACAAGAUCUCCACCGCGCAGCUGAUUCAACCUGUUUCCAACGGCGCUCUGGUUCUCAGCAUCGCCACCGACUUCGACGGCUGCAUGAAAUUAAUCCGGGAAAUCACCGCCGAGCUUCCAAUCUACCUCGCGAACUCGCUCAACAGCUUGAGAAUCGAGGGGCAGAAAACCGCCGCCAUUGAGAUUCUUCAGCAGUUCAACUGGGAGGUUCCUGAUUGGGUGAUCGUUCCCGGCGGGAACCUCGGCAACAUCUACGCCUUCUACAAGGGGUUCAAGAUGUGCAAGGAUCUCGGCCUCGUGGAGAAGAUUCCUCGACUGGUUUGUGCUCAGGCGGCGAAUGCGAAUCCUCUGUAUCGAUACUACAAAUCUGGGUGGAAGGAGUUCAAGGCGAUUAAGGCGGAAACCACAUUCGCUUCGGCGAUUCAGAUUGGUGACCCGGUUUCGAUUGACAGGGCGGUGCAUGCGCUGAAGAGUUGUGGUGGGAUUGUGGAGGAGGCGACGGAGGAGGAGCUGAUGGAUGCGAUGGCGUUGGCGGAUUCGACUGGGAUGUUUAUUUGCCCGCAUACUGGGGUGGCUUUGACGGCACUGACGAAGCUGAGAAACUCCGGGGUGAUUGCGGCGGGUGAUAGGGCGGUGGUGGUGAGCACCGCGCAUGGGUUGAAGUUUACACAGAGCAAGAUUGAUUAUCACUCUAAGGCUAUUCCGGGUUUGGGUCGGUUUUCUAACCCACCUGUUACUGUGAAAGCGGAUUUUGGAGCGGUUAUGGAUGUGCUUAAGGAUUUUUUGAGCAAGGCGCCAAAAGUAUGAGUGAAGCUAGUUUAGCAUUUGUCUUCUUGUGCUUUGAUUUUUAAAUUUUAAUUUCACAGUUUUGUUUAUGUUUGACUAAUAAACACCAACUGAGAGUCUUGCUUGAAUAAACCGGUGGUUACUUGGACAAGAGAUUCUAAAUGCUUUAAAAUGUAGCAGCAGAUAUACCGCCAAAUGUGGAGAUGAAUUUGCAUUAGAUUAUUCUAGUUUAAACAGAUGUCUCGGACUUGAAUGUUUUUAUUUUGUGUGCCGCCUAGAGUGAUCCAACAAUGGAGAAAACAUGUGUUUUUUGGAACAUCAUCAUAUGCUUCAGUUUGACCUAGGGAAAAGCUUUCGUAGGAUACACGGUGGAAAAUUGAUGAUGCCAUGCCUGUAUAAAAUAUUGGCAUGCUGGCCGAUGCGAAAUUCUUAACCUUAUAAUAAUAAGAGAGAUUUUAUGCUUUUAUCAUA